AUGAAAUCCGCCUCUGCCCCCAUACCCCAUGAAAUCCCGCCUCUGCCCCCAUACCCCUAUUGCAAUCCCGCCUUCUGCUCGCUCGUGCCGCCAUUACCCCAUGAAAUUCCCGCCUCUGCCCCCAUAACCCAUGCAAUCCCCCGCCUCUGCCCCCAAUACCCCAUGAAUCCCGCCUCUGCCGGCCAUACCCAGAAAAUUCCGCCAAUGCCCAUACCCCAUGAAAUCCCGCCUCUGCCCCAUGCCCGACCAUUGAAAUCCGCCUGCUGCCCACCCCCAUACCCCAUGAAACUCCCCAUCUGCCCCGCCAUACCCAUGAAAUCACGGCCUCUGCCGCCCAUACCCCAUGAAAUCCGCCUCUCCCCAUACCCCAUAGAAUCCCGCCUCCUGCCCCCAGAACCCAUGAAACCCGCCUCGAUGCCGCAUAACCCAUGA